CAAAUUAGUUUUAAAAGUUCAAAGUAGUGGAGUGGUUGUUGCGAGUGUUUAUCAAAAACAAUUUCGUUAAAAUGAAUAAAUGGUGGAAUUGGGUGCUGGGGUUCGCGUUAUUCUGCCUACUAUUUGUGGCAAUACCUAUUUCGUUAUCGCGGCAGAAAUCUGUGGAAGAACUUAAGCCUAUGUUCGAUGAUUACAUUACGAAGUUCAAUAAAAGUUAUGCGACUCCCGAAGAAUAUUCGGCGAGAUUUCAACAUUUUGUAGCAUCAGUACAAGAAAUAGAGCUUCUAAACGCAGCAUCGAGAGGACCAGACCACUGUAAAGCUAAAUAUGGACUGACAAAGCUAUCAGACAUGUCCAAGACUGAAUUUAAAGAACAGCAUUUGGCUGAUGAGAAACUCACGAAGCCACCUAAAUCAUACGGCAGGAGGCGAGCUCGUGACGGCAGAUCCAGGCAUCAUGAUGAUGAGGAUGAUGACAAACCCUGCUCUAACAGCCCUCAUGACAAUAUUUACGUGAUCAUCAGGAAGAAACGGGCUGCACUGCCAUUGCAGGUUGAUUGGAGAACCAAAGGCGUGAUAGGUCCUGUGCAGGACCAGGGUCUGUGCGGAGCGUGCUGGGCGUUCAGCACGGUCGGCACCAUCGAAGCCAUGAAUGCCAUCAAAACUGGCAAGCUCGACAAACUCAGUGUGCAAGAGGUAAUAGACUGCGCAGGUUUGGGUAACCUCGGGUGCGCGGGCGGCGAUAUCUGCCUGCUCCUCGAUUGGCUGGUGAUGACCGACGCCGUGGUGGAGAAGGAGGCAGAGUAUCCACUCCGUCUCACUGACGGAGCUUGCAAAGCCAAUAAAAAUACCACAGGAGUCAAAGUCAAGACUUUUACGUGUGAUGAUUUCGUGGGUGCGGAAGACCAGAUCCUGAGCGCGCUGGCGACGCACGGGCCGGUGACGGUGGCUGUGAACGCGCUCACCUGGCAACACUACCUCGGCGGCAUCAUACAGUUCCAUUGCGGCGGUUCACCAGCGGAACUCAACCACGCAGUAGAAUUGGUUGGCUACGAUCUAUCUGGUGACGUCCCCUACUACAUAGCCAAAAACUCGUGGGGCAAAGAUUUUGGCAACGCCGGGUAUUUGAACCUGGCUAUAGGCUCCAAUAUCUGUGGACUGGCGAACGAAGUGGCUACCGUUGACGUGAAGUAAACAGUGAGAUGUUUUUGAGACAUUUUUUCAGUUACAUAGUAGUUAAGUUAAUUAUUAUAUUAUCGGUUUACUCACGUAACUGUUUGACGAGGAACUAAACCAUGUUAUUUUUGAGGGGAGAAAGUCAUCCAAUGACUUCUCUCGCCUUGAGCGAGGCGAGAGGGAGUGUCAGACUCUUACUGACUAAAAACCAUCCCGUUCCUACUCUUGCUUUUUGAGCCGGAGCUCCGGUAAUCCGCUAGGUAGUCCGCAGCUCCGGAUCGGCAUCAGCUCUACUGGGCCCCAUCUGUGGUGGUCUGAUAGCACUUGAUGCUUGAUCGGAUGAUUCUGGUUCUGGUCAGCCAGCGAGCUACCAUUGCUCGCCGUCAGCAGUUUUAAACCAUGCUAGAUGCUUAUAUUCAUGAGCAGCAUUCAGCAACAAUCACCGUGUCGAGUUCCUCGUCAAACAGUUACGUGAGUAAACCGAUAACAUAAUAAUUAAUUUAGUAGUUAAGUUAGGCAAAUGUUGUGUAUAAAGUUUUGUUUUAGUGUUAAAUGUGGCCUUUUAAGUAGGUUAUUAGAUAUAUAGAUACCUAUGCCUUGCCAUUAUUGAAUAUAAGCUAUUUUUAACUAUUUUUGUAUUAUAACUAUCGUGAGAAAUUAAAUUAAUUAUGUUGUAUGAUAUUUUCGGGUGCUCACCGUUUCAUUUAGGCCCUGUCUUGACUUGAAAGUAAUCGAGUUACCUCGUGAGAUAGUUACGUAAGUAAACUGUAUGUAUAACAUAAUUAAUUUAAUGUUUAAGUAUGGUGCAAAUGCGCUCAUACAGAGUAACAAAUAUUUUUAGUUUUUAUUUGUUUUUAAGUGUAGAUAAUUAUUAGUUGAAUUUGUGUAAGUAGUUUUUAAUGAUGUUAAUUCGAAUUUAAGUAUCUACUCGAUUUGAUGGUGAAUGUAAUAGCAAUAAAUAAAAUACCGUGACUCCGUUCCAGAGAGGUAUUUUGGUAUAUUUCCUCUCAAGCAGCUAUUUUACGAUCAGUAGUUUUGUUUUUACUUUGUCUAUUAGUCAGUUACUUAGGAAGAGAAGAGUUUUAUAAUAUUAUACUAGCUUUUGCCUCUGCUCAACACGUGUUGAUUAUGGAUAGAUAGAUUUCUGGAAUCGCACUUGACCGAAUUCUAUAGGAAAGUAAGUUUCCCAAAACUUUAGAAUCGUUGCAGUAACAGCCUAAUUUCAGAACUUAUUGAAAUACAAAACAGAACAAACAAACAUUUCCUAGAUUAAUUGAUAACUAUUGCUGUUAUAUUUGCCUCAUUUAUAAAUAAAAGUAAUACAUAAUUAGUAUUAAGUUUUGAUACAUAUAUUUUUACAUGAUAUGAGCCAUUUAACACAGGGUAUAUAACAGGGCAUUCUAUGUCAAUUUUAGUACUACUAUGUAGUGUUCAUAUUUCCUUUUAAUUAGCUUAAAUACAAUAAAAAUACUCAAUACUCCAUUAGAUCAUGUAAACUGAAUUUAAAUUGUGAAACUAGUGGUAUGGAAGUGGUUUCCUUUACGUUAAAUGAAAACGAAACGAGACCGCGUUCGGCACUCUGAUUAGUUGGUUCAUUUGCGCCAACCUAUCAGUAGGUAUAGGCCCCUGUCCUACCUUGAAAUUUGUCGAGUAACUUUAUCGUCAUGAAUAAGCCAGACAUUUCUUUACCUGCAUACUAAAUAAUUAGAUUAACUAUACAUAAUUUAAAAAUAUUGAACAAUUUUAGUGUGUGCGUAAAGUGCCUUUAGUAAGUGCCAUAAACGGUAAUAAAUAAUUAUUAAUAUUAUGUUUACAUAACAAAAACCUUAUAUGGAUUUACCAGGUAGUAAUAUUAAAGGUAAACCUUAAAUUACGUAUUUUUUUAAUUAUACUUCUAGUAGUUCUACUAUAAGUAAGGCCAUUUUUUAAAUAUCUAUUUUAAGUGAUAGUUAGACAUUUUAACUGUUGUUUUUGAUUUUAUUUUGUUUAUAUUAUUUUAUUGCAGUUAUUUUUUUUUCGAAUACAUUUUUGUUAAACGCCUAAGUACAAAUGAAUAAAUAAAGUUAUAAAAUUUUCAACAUUAAUGUGAUAUAUAUUUAUAACAUAAUAUCCAUUUUUACCUACUUCAAAAAUGGAAGAGGUACUAUGUUCGGAUGUUUGUAUUUAUCGUUUUUUUUAUUUUUUUAGAAUUAAGAAUGUUAAGAUUUUAAAAUAAUACUGGAAUAUUCUCGAAUACUAAACUUUAAAGGAGUUUAUGUGUAGUCUAAAAAGGACUUUAAACUUAGCGGAACAAGAAAUACUUUUAAUUGUCUCAAAUUGUUAAAUAUAUGUUUUAAACGUUGGUACUUUGAAAUACUCAUUACAUUAAAAAAUAAAAGGUGUUGGGUUAA